AUGAAGGUUAAUAAAGAAAGAUUAUUUGUACCUGCAACAAUAAUCUCAAAGCUUCGAGGUUAUUUAUGGCACUACUGGCGAGAUUCAGAAGAUAUUAGACUAGUGGCUACUCUAUUAGAUCCACGAUUAAAAUUAAUGAGUGUGUGGCCUGAUGAAAUACGAAAAGAAACGAUUAAUUUGCCAUAUGUCGAAUUUAAAUUUUGGCAAAAUAAUAUUGUAACCGAUGAAUUAGAAACAUGUCAUGAAGAAACUGAAACUCCUC